AAGCAUGCAGAGAAUUGGGGGCUAAAACAACCCUGGCGGGGCAAGGCGCCAUACCUCUCGCGCAGUAAUUGGGCCCUUUACGUUAUCGAUACAAAUCGCUUGGAUGAUGCCUGCUUCUUCAGGCUGCAGGAUCUAGUUAAAGAUCUUGAAUUGAGACUACCAGACAAGGCGGAUCAGCACAUCAGUGGCACGUAUCUAUGCCUUCAUAAUAUCCCGUCAGCCGCUAUCGUUGAGAAAAUUGAUCCAGAACAAGUCAAAAAUGGUAUUUUCAAGAGAUUAUGCGAGGACAGCCGGCUGGCCAUGAAGAGAGAAGAAGCAGCGGAGAAGUGGGACUAUCUUGAUGGUUCUGACAGUGAGCGUGAGGCGCUUCAGGAGAAUUGGAACACUAUUAUUGAGAAGAAUCUGGAAGACAGUUGGUGA